GUUAUGUUCAUGUUAUCAUCUAAUGGCGGAGAAUGAUUUGUUGUACUGGUGAAGUCAGCCUUUACUAUAAUAAUAGAAACGUAAGAUGUUUAAAAGUGUUAUUUUGGUGUGAUCUAAACAGCAGAAAUUCGGCUGAAUACGGAAUAAAACUUUGAGAGUGUUGUAUUAUAUUGCAGUUGUUUUGGGUAGUUCCGCAAAACUGGGUUGCAAAUUUUUCGAAGUGACGCUAGUGAUGGCUGUGUUUCACUGACCCCGCGUUUCAGCCUCCUAUUACCAGGAUGUCCAUACAACGCUAUUGUAAGCAUUAUGAUCGUGGAACAGCAUAAUGAAACUAAAGAGCGAGUGAUUUUGUUUAGAAAGGUGCAAGCAAAGAAAAACAUUGAAAGUAAAUCGUGUCAGUCAACAUUUUAUUUGGCAUAUUUGGAUAUUAAAUGCUAGAGUGGAGAAGAAAAUCACUCCGACAAUUUGUCAGUUAAUAACCGAACGUCCCCUCCCCAACCCCCCCAAAAAAGAGAAGAAAGAGAAAAACAGGAAAUGAAACAUAGAUGUGGACCCACCUUUCUGUUGGCAAUGAACUGACCGAUGAGAUGCGGAGAAAGAAAGAAUACUGUCUCUCAAUUGUCCUAGUGUCUCGGUGAGCCCGGUUUAGGAACACCUGAGGUUCGCCAUUUGAUUUUAGGCAAGAUUUCAAGUUUUUGAAAGUUUAAAGAGAAUUGUUCUCAAGCGUGUUUGGCUGUAUAUUGGGAGGAGUGUACUUUCAAGUAAACCAUCCCAUUUAUUUAUAAACAUGUAAAACAAGAAUACCGUCACCUGGAUUCAAACUCUGCAUCUCACAAUUGCUAGUCGGAUGGGCUUCUAACUGCACAAUGAAAGCAUGCAGUAAGAAAAGACGAAAUAAUAUAAAUUUGGCUCAUUUAAACGAUGAAUGAGGAGGAAGGGACUCAAUUCAAGCAUCACUUAUUCAGGAGAAUUUUUCAAAGCCAAGAAAUGGAAAUCUGGAAUGCCCUAGCUGGGAUUUGAACCCGAGACUUUCCAAUGCCAGCUACACAUACUUUAACUACACCAUGAAGGCACAAGAUAUUUAUCUCUUGGUCUUCUAAAUUUUGCCUUCAUAGUGCAGUAUGAAUAAAUUAUUUUCCUUCUUCCCAGUAUCUCUGCUAAAAUGUAAAAAUUGAAGGAGAUAAACUGAUGGUGCAAGUUCUAGAAUAUGACAGAUGUACUCUCUUCCAGUUGACACACAGCAGUUCAGUGUGCAGCCUUCAUUGUCAUGUCUCGCUAUUGAGAAACCUGCACAAGAGGGAUCUUCGUGGCAUUUUUAUCUCCAAAUGAUUAAAUUACUAAUAUUGAAAGCAACACAUCGACUUUGGCCUCAUGACUUGAAUUCUAAAGUUUUUUGCUACAAAAUGAUCAGCAGAUAGAACUGAUCUCCUCAUGUUUGAGUCAUGAUGAAUGGGGAAGGACCUAGUGUACCAAUCACUACAUUAGCUGGUAUACAGAGUUUGACUGAUCUUCUCCUUGAGUUGCCACUUCCUACCCCUUUACCCGGUGUCACUGGGCAUCAGAGUUUGUUAUCCCACUUGAGGGAUUCCGAAGAGGCUCGAAGGCUGCUUAGUACGCAGGAAUCUAUUCUAAUCCCACCUCUGAUUGAUGCUCUGGGUUGCACUACAACAGAUCAUAUUGAAGUCAAAGAUGGUUAUUAUGGUGGUGGAUCUCAUAGUGGACAAAUAUCACAGCUUGUUCAAUAUUUGCUUGGCAGAAAUCCUGGCCUUUUUAAAGGUUCAGUACAUGGACCACAAAGUGGAAGUAGUGACCACCAUGUCCCUCCAGGACAGUGGUUACAGAGGCAAUGUACUAAUAUUCCGGUGCAUCCUCAGCAGCACACAUUCAGUGCUGCUGCUGUUUCACCCUGUCAGCCUCGUCCAAAUCAAGGCAAUAGUCCAAAUUAUUUUCCUCUUGAGCCUCCACCAACACCACAGAGUGCAAGAAUUGUACAAAACAAAACUUUAAAUGUAGUGCCGCCAAAAUCACCUGUGGCAUACACCCCAUAUACACAUACAGUGGCUUCUUCUGGUCAGCAACAGCAUCCUGCCCCUCUUCACCAUAAUGCUAUAUCUCAAGGAACUGGUGAUUCCUUGGCCUCAGGUCUACAAGAGAGCCCACAGAUGUUUAAUUCUCCACUUGUCAGUCAGCAUAUUAUCAAUGUACCUCAGCCGUCACCUGCAGUUCAUCCAUAUAGUAAUGGGAACUGUGUGGAUGAGGUUGAUCUCAGUGCAGUGAGUGCAAAACAAAACGAUAGGACAGAAAACCACAUUCUAAAUUCUGCGCAGGUUAUGAGCAAUAUGGCACCAAACUGUUCACCACUUAUUUCUCCUUUAAAUAAUCCAAAUGAUGUGUCCUUGUCAUCUCCAUCUUCUUCGUCAUCUUCAACUCCUCAGCAUAUUAAUUCAUCAAGUGUCAUUGUUGGACCUGCUGCACCUCAUGCAAACUGCAUAAAAAAGCCAGUUCUAGAGCAGUGGCAACCUGUACCAAAUAACUCCUUUGAUAUUUCUCAGCCUGAUUGCUAUGCAAAAGAAAAUGUAAAUAAUUUACCACAGGCUGCAGAGGAAUUAAAUAUUCAGCCAUUACCUGUGCCUGCAUCUGAACUGCAUACUGAAAUUGAAACUGUAAAUCAUUUGGAAAGUAAAGACACAAAUGACAAUGUGUGUACACCCACUGGGCAUGUAGAAGAACGACGGAAGUCUGUAACUGAACCUAUUGUUGUGCUUUCAAAACUCAGCAUUGAAGACCAGCUUCUAGCUCAAAAAAGUGUAAGGCAGUUUACAAUAAAAAGCAAAAAAGUGACUUCAUCUCCUGAGCCUGUCAAACCAUCAGCACAAACCAAAGCUUCAGAGAUUAGUAGUCGUCGAAGAUCAUCUUCAGGCAAAGAGCCUGAUACCAAUAACAAAACAUCACCACGUAGGCGAGGUAGAAAUAAUGAAUAUUUCCCUCUGCGGAAAAACUCCGAAGUCGUGAAAGACAAAGGAGUGAAAAGAAAUUCAAGUGCUGUAGAAGAAAAGUUAAAUAAUAAUACUAGCUCACUAAGUGAAAGAGUAAAGAAAAGGAGACGCAUCAGUCAACAAACAAGCUAUAUUGAAUCCCCUGGUUCAGCAGAUGAAAACAGCGAUGACUCUUACAAAGAAGCAUCUCCUUCUGAAACUCCAGUUCCAUCCGUACCUAAGGCAAAGAAGUUAAGAAAUAAAAAAGUAAAGAAAGAGUUAACAACUGAGCCAUUAUCUGUUGAAGAUUUAAUGGAUACAAAUACCUACCAACAUUUUUCUCGUAUUGUGGAUGUAAUCUUUGAUUCUAUGGAAGAUAUUGAUUUUUCUGCUGUGAUAGAUGAAGAUGCUGAAUGUGCUGCAGAAGCCCUUAUUCCUUUGGGUCAAUUACAAGAUUUAAGUAAUGAAGCAGCCAAGUUAAAACGUUUACAUGCAAUGAACCAAUUUCCACCAGAACGUUUAGUUCGAUUACUUGCCAUCCUUGAAAGAAACAUUGUAGAUGGUGCAAAAUUACUUCCUGUUCAUACCAUGGAAGAACAAGAUGAAGAAGAAGCACGUUUGUGGUUAGAAUUAACUAUGGAAAGGGUAAUGAGAAGUGCUGAUGCUUCAUUAACUGCUUUGUACAUCAUGACAUCUCCAAAAAUGCCAGAGAAGGUCUUUUUGGAGGAUGUCAUUGAAAGAAUUGUUCUAUUUUUGAAAUAUCAGCUUCAAAAUACCGUAUUCCCAGUGUUUGAUCCAGCUUACAGACUUGAUCCAAAAUCCAAAGAUGGUUAUGCUGGAAAUAUUAAACAAAAAAGAGCUCAUGCUCACAGAGUUAAAGAAAAAUCUACUUUACAGUUAUAUAACAAAUUACAUGAAGCUGUAAGUCUUUUAGCUGAAUUAUUGGAAUUACAAACACUAACUGACACUAUAAUUUUGCAGGUCUCUACUUUAGGUGUUAGUCCAUUUUUUGUUGAAGGCAUAAGUGAAUUACAGUUAAAUGCUCUUCGCUUGGUUACAACUGUUUUUGCACGUUAUGAUAAACACAGGCAACUCAUAUUAGAAGAUAUAUUAGCAUCAAUAGCCCGAUUACCUACCAGUAAAAGAAGUCUUCGAAAUUAUCGCUUAAACUCCGAAGAAAAUAUUCAGAUGCUUACUGCUUUAGUACUGCAAUUAAUUCAUAGUGUCGUAAGAUUACCUGAAAUUGAACCGGAUCCUAAAUCAGAACUCUCAGCUAAUGAAGAUAGAACUAAAAAUACCGAUACUAAAGAGAAAGUGUAUAUUGAUAAAGAUGUUUUAAUUACCACAUCCUAUGAAGCAUCAGUGAAAACAGCAAUAAAUUUUCUCUCUGUAUUCUUAAAAAAAUGUGGGACGAAAAAUGAAGAAAUGGAUUAUCGCCCUUUGUUUGAGAAUUUUGUUCAAGAUUUAUUGAGCACUGUUAAUAAACCAGAAUGGCCAGCAUCAGAACUCCUCCUUACAGUCUUAGGAAGAAUUCUUGUAAGGAAUUUCAGCAAUAAAUCUAUGGAAAUGACUCUUAGAGUUGCUUCCCUUGAUUAUCUUGGAGUGGUAGCAGCACGUUUACGGAAAGAUGCAGUUACUAGUCAAGAUCGUAAGGACAUGAUAAAUGAUGUUAUUCAGAGAAUAGUUGCUGAGAGUGAUGAUUCAGAACUAAGCCCUUCAAAAAGUAAAAAGAAAAACAAAAAGAAACUGGUUAAACGGGAUGAAGCUCAAAUAUUACAGAAGGCCCUCCUCCAGUAUCUUGAUUCCAAUGCGGCGAGUGACCCAGCCCUUCAGUUUUCUCGACGGUUUUAUAUUGCUCAGUGGUAUAAAGAUGCAGCUUCUGAAAUUGAGCAUUGUGAUAAAUCUUUAAAUUUUCCAAAAGAAGAAAGUGAAAAACCAGAUCAGACAGUUCGAAAAAAAAAUAAGCCUUGUAGGUCACGGACCAGUAGGAGGAGAUCUUCUCAGGUAACAUAUGAAGAAGAAGAAGAGGAGGAGGAGGAGGAAGAAGAAAAAAAAGAUAAAGAGGAAUCCAAAUUAGAAAAUGAUGAGGUAAAUGCUAAAGUACUUGCUUUAGCUGAAGAGAGAAAACGUUUUUUGUUAACUGUUAUUAAAAGGGAAGAACCUCCUAAAGUUAAUAUGAAAGAAGAAGAACAUAUUGAUUAUAAAACUGCAGAAUUAAUAUCUCAAUAUUUAGCCUCUACUCGGCAUUUUUCGAAAAGUUUUGAUUUGUAUUUGUCACAAAUUCUACGAGUGCUUAGUGAGACAGCUGUAGCUGUUCGAACAAAAGCUAUGAAAUGCCUCACUCUUGUUGUUGAAGCUGAUCCUAGCAUUUUAGCUCGAUCUGAUAUGCAGAGAGGUGUGCACGGCAGAUUAUUGGAUCAUUCAACAAGUGUCAGAGAAGCUGCUGUUGACUUGUUGGGCAAAUUUAUUUUAAUCCGUCCUGAGCUCAUAAGUCAAUAUUAUGAAAUGCUUACAGCUAGGAUACUUGACACUGGUGUAAGUGUACGCAAGAGAGUAAUCAAAAUUUUAAAGGACAUAUGUUUAGAACAACCAGACUUCCCUAAAACUCCUGAAAUAUGUGUUAAAAUAAUUCGACGUGUAAAUGAUGAAGAUGGAAUUAAAAAAUUAGUGGGAGAAGUUUUCCAAAGUAUGUGGUUUACUCCUGUCUCUGAUAAGAAACCUGACAGAAUACUUCAGAAAGUAAAAAAUAUUACACAUGUUGUUGAAGCAUGUAGAGACACAGGGCUUGAAUGGUUCGAACAAUUACUUACCAAUCUCUUAAAAAACAAAGAAGACAGUAAUUAUAAAUCUGUUGUGAAAUCAUGUAAGCAAAUUGUUGAUUGUUUGGUAGAAAAUCUUUUACAAUUGGAAGAAUCAUCUCAGAAUGUGGAUGGUGGAGCUAGCCCACAUCUUGUAGCAUGUUUAUCUACACUACAUUUGUUUAGCAAAAUUUAUCCACCUUUCGUUGUACCACAUGCUACAACCAUUCAGCCGUAUUUAAGUAUGAAAUGCAAUACACAUUCUGAUUUUUUGCUUCUAAAAAAUGUAGCACAAACCUUAGAAUUGGUUGUUCCUCUAAUAGAGCAUCCAAGUGAAUCUUUUUUGGCACAAAUAGAAGAAGAUAUGGUAAAACUAAUUCUUCGUCAGCAUAUGGGCUUACUUCCAAGUUGUGUUAGUUGCUUAGGAGCUGUUGUAAACAGAGUAACUCAUAACCACCAGCUUGUCAAAGAUUGUUUCCAAAAAUUUUUUGUUGUUCUUUUAGUGUGUAAAAAAGAGUAUGAGAAAAAUCCAGACAAUGAGAUUUUGAAAUCCAUGCGUCCAAAAUUACUUCGCUCCCUUUAUACUGUGGGAUUAUUUUGUCGUCAUUUUGAUUUUGAUGCCAUGGAUACUGGGUCUGAGCAAAAUGGACAAAUUUCUCUCAAAGAUCGUGUUUUUGAAGGUAUUAUCUAUUUUAAUCAACACGAUGAUGAGGAUAUACGUUUAAAAGCUUUAACAGGACUUGGCUUUAUUAUGAUUCGACAUUAUGAAUUUAUGUUAGGGCCAGAGGUUAAAACUCUGUACCACUAUCUCCUUACAUCUCCUGUUGCAUCAUCUGUGUUAAAAUGUCAAGUUUUGAAAAAUAUUACCAAUUAUCUUGUAGAAGAAGAAAUGCGAAUGAUACAAAAGGAUGCAGAAUGGAGCAAAACAUCAAAAACAGAGGAUUUAAAAGAAAUGGGUGAUGUAACAUCUGGUAUGGCAAGUACAGUUAUCCAAGUUUAUUUAAAACAAAUACUUGAGUGUGUGCUGCAUACUGAAAUAGCUGUGCGUAGAGCAGCUCUCCAAGUAAUUCAGCUUAUUCUUGGGCAAGGCUUGGUACACCCUGUUCAAAUAGUACCAUAUUUAGUGUGUCUUGGCUCGGAUGAUGGUCCUGUUAUUCGAACUAAAGCUGACCAGUUACUUCAAGAAAUUGAGAAGAAAUACCCAGGAUUUAUUCAGAUGAAAGCAAUGUUGGGUGUGCGGAUGUCAUUUAAAAUGCAGCAGCUCAUACAGAACCAAAAUGAAAUUCUCCGUGGAUUUCGUAAUCCUGAUGCUCCAGCAAGCCGAAAUGGUUUUUUGUAUUCUGUGAUGCGAUCUACUAGACAGAGUCGGAGAGCUUUCCUGUUUUCAUUGCUAAAAUUAUUUGAUGAACAGGCAAGAACACCAUUAACAGAGCUUUUGUAUAUAGCAGAUAAUAUUGCAUAUUUUCCAUAUAUGGCACAAGAUGAACCUCUGUUUAUUAUGCAUCAAUUAGAUAUUAUGCUUUCUGUUUCUGGUUCAAAUUUGUUGCAGACAUUUCGAGAGUCUUUGUUGAAUAGGCAGACAUCUCAGAAUACGGAACAGAAUCCUGUAAAUCCUGAAGCAGAUGAUUAUGAUGAAGAUGAUGAUGAUUUUGAUGCAAUUUUAGAACGUCUUCCGGAAGAUACAACGAUUUUACAAGAAUGCAUUAUUGCAUCCCAAGGUUGUGUAUUACUUCUGUACCUAAAACAAACUCUGAAAGAAAUGUAUGGUUUCACUGAUAAUAAAAUUCAACAGUACUCCCCAAAUGAGGCUGCCAAGGUGUAUGAAAGGCCUUUAAAUCGUAAAGCACAUGUUCGAUUCAAUCCGGAAACAGUUAUAGAUUUUAUUAAAAGUGAGGAAUUGGAGGGGAAGUUGGAUGACAAGGGUAGGCAGGAGCUUGUUCAACAGUACAUCCACUUCAAGCAAUUAAUGUUAACAAUAGAUCCAUCAGAUGAUGAUGAUGAUGAGGACAAUCAGGCUAAACCUGUAGCGUCCAUUACUGCAGCUCUGGCUGUUCCAAAUUCUGCAGAAAAGACUGCAACAAAUGAAAGCAAUGAUAGUGAAAACAAACCAGCCCAGCCUCUUUUGGAGAAAACUAAGAUUGUGAUAUCAAGGAAGAGUAAAUCUCCUUCUCACAGUCGGUGUCAUAGAAAAUCACCUAAAACACCUAAAGAAAAAGUAAAAAAGAAGCACAAAAAGAAACGAAAACGGGUGAUAGACUCAGCUUCGGAUGAUUCCGGCAAUGAUCCAGAUUAUAUGGAUUCCUCGUGAUGGGACUUGUAGUAAAUCUCAGUCCAAUAUUUUAAAAUCACACAAGCCUCUUUCUGUGUUACACUCAGUGCUCCUCUUUAAGAGGUUUAGGCUGUGGUAUUAACAGCGAGCAUGUAAGAACCUGUCAGUAACAGGCCCGUUGCCACUGCAAAAGCUGCACCAUUUGUCAAGUGAACACAAACCAUGAACUCCCGCAUUCUCAGAUAUAUUUUAACAGUGCUUUUGAAUAGCCUAUCUGGUAGAAGGUGUGGGUAUUAUCAUAAAGUAUGAAGUGAUGUAACUUAUUUAUUAUUGAUGCUUUGUUUCAUAAAAUUUACAGAAUAUAAAGAAAAACUUUUUAUGGGAUAACAUCAGCAUGAUGUUUUUAUGUACCUGUAAAGUCUGUUGGCUAGCUGGGCAGCAGUUUUUAAAAGAUUUUUAAUUUACAGUCAUUAUAAAUAAUGCAUUAUGCCAUAUUUUCCCCGUGUUUCUUUUCCAAAUAUAUAAACUAUCUUCUGUUGUUUCCACAUUGUAAAAAGUUACUUGCACAAACAUUUUAACUAAUUAAAAACAACAGAUAUAUCAUUUCUUCAACAUAAAACAUAUUUGGCAUUGUAAUUUAAUGUAAGUCACAAAAAUGUAACAUUCAUUCUUUUGUACUGACCAGUUUUAGCAGCAUAACAGUGUUAAAUACAUUGUUAUUGUAAUGUAUGGGGUUAUUGCUGCUUUCUGUAACAAAAAAAAGUAAGUUAUAAGGUUAUUUUUAGUUUUAUAAUGAAUGUAGUUAGUAAUGUAUUAAAUAUUAAUUAUACUAUUUCACCAGGUCAUGUAUAAAAUAAUGACAAGAAAAGAAAAACCUGCCAGUUUUCCAAAGCAGUAUAUGCACUGUUUAUUCAUAAUGUGACUCUUACCAAAGAGGCGUAAAUUGGCAGGAAUCGGUAUUUUUGUAGAUAAGAUAAAGAAAAAAAAGAAAAAGAAAAAAAAAAAAAAAGAACAUUGUUUUAUGUUUUCAAAGUUUUAACAAUUUUUGAAUAUACUUAUAGAAAAAGAAACCACACGACUAUUUGUUAUGUGACUACAGAGGCGAAACCUAAUCUGAGUAUUUGUGGCCGAUUUGUUGCCAGCUUUGAACAAGCAAACAUAAGGAAGGGGGUAAAAAGUUUUGUAACUUUAAUUUUUAGUGGUAUAGUAUUAGCUAUUUAUAUUCAGUUUUGUUUUCAAAACCAACCUAAAUAGGAACAUUAAUGUUCAGUUACUGCUAAUAAUGUCAAAAUGGGUAAAUUAAAAAAGAUAAAUAAAGAGAAAAAAGAAAAAUUCCUCCUCUUCCUCCUUUUUUUUUUUAUUUUUUAUUUUUAUUUUUUUUACCUGCAUUUUUCUUUGUACCUUGAGUUUUUCGUAUAAAUUAUCUUUGAAUUAUUAACAUCUUGAACGUUAUUUAUUGUGUUAAUGCAAAUUACUUGUGUUUACUUCUUGUGUUACAUCUCUGUCUUGAAAAAUUCCAGAUAACUAACCGUUAGAUUUUGUACUUUUGAUGAUGCUUAUAUUGAAAGUUCUUAAGAUAUAAUUUCAAAAUAUAAUUUAAUACUGUUAAUUUCUGUAUUCAAUGUAUAAGCCAUUUUAGUUGGUUUCCUUUAAACUUCAUGUUAUUUCCUUACUUCUCAACUAGAGUUAAAAAAAAAAAAAAAAAAAAAAAAAAAGAAACUGUGAUAUAAAUUGACUGCUUCAUUUGCAUUUCAGUGUAACAUAGCUUUUGUUUUACUUCAGAAUUUUACAUUAUUUAGAUUCUUAUAAUCAUUCUUUUAUGGUUAUUUAAGUAUUUUAUUUCUUAGUUUUAAAAAUUAAAAUUUUAUGAUGCUAUUUCACGGUGGAAUAUAUUUAACAAAUUGUUUGUUCACAGCUUAGAUUUUUUGUUCACAAGUACUCUAGAUUUUCAUCGAAGUGGUCUCUAGUUUCCUCCUAGAUGAAUGUAUUGUUUCCUUAAAGUUUAUGGUUUCCAUAACUAGUGUAUUUAUAUGUCUAUAAAGAGACUUUAAAAUAUUUUUUCUCCAUUAAUGAAUUAAUAUUUGACGUAAAUUAUUUUUUAUGUUAUUUGUAAAAUAAAAAAAAUUUUAAGUAAAUCAUUUUAGAAAUGUGUGGCAUAACUAGUUUAAAUUAGCCAAGUGUCUUUUUGUUUCAGAAUUUACACUCUGCCAUAAAAGCUGAAUGUAAAGCUGAGUUUUUUUAAACUUUAGAACACUAUUCAUAAUUAAUACAGCAUUAACUUUAAUGCACCAUUAACUGACUUUCAGCAGUGCUGCAUUUUCUGAAAAGCUAACUGAAGUUUCAUAAACAUUUGUAUAUGAAUGGGCUAAAAAACUUUUUGGGUGUAUCUUAGUCUUUCAGUUGCUGAUAUACUAAAUAAUAAAAAAAACUUCUCAAACAUUAUUUUAUAUUUGAAUUUUUUGACAUUUAGCCUAAUUGAAUUUUUGCCAAUGUAGGGUACAAUGAGAUAUGAUCUCUUUUUAUUUAAUCCAUAUAUUACAGUCCCGCUCUUUUUACAUAUGCACGAUAUACAAAACCUGUGCCUUGCUGAACUGUCCAAUUAAAUGUGUUUGGAAUAAAUGGUAUCUUUCAGUGAAAACUUAAAUUAUUUCUGAAUAUGAAAUUCAGUUUAUUUUCUGAAUAUGAAAUUCAGUUUAUUUUAGGUGAAAAUUUAACAUAUUAACACAUACCAGGAUGUUGUAUAACUUAUUUUUAAACUAGAUCUACAGUAGUUAAUUAAAAAAUCAUAUGUUGUGUAACAUGUCCAUGGCUUUUUAACGUGGUGUAUAAAGAUAGCAUUUUCACAUGUAUUAAUUUUAAUGAGAUCUUUGUUUUAGAUACCUGAUUUUAGACAUGUCUUUUCUUAGUUUUCGACUCAGGGUCUUGUUAAACAAAUUUAAUAAAAAAAUUUUCUGAAUAUUCAGUAUGGUUUGAUUUUAGAAAAUAAAUAUGAUACACAGCAAAAUAUGAAGUUAAAAGUUAGUUGCAAUUUAUUCCUGUUAUCCCUGAAAUGCAAAUAGAAAUUUAAGGCAGCUCUGUUUAAGGUUUGCUAAAAUUUCUGUUUUGCAUUUCUUGACUCCAUAGUUUUCUUAAAUUGAAGCAAUAAGCAUGUUCUUUUUAUUGAAUUGUUGGUUUUAUUUUUAAAUUUUCUAAAGUUAGACUACUGAGUGCGGAAGUAAGUGGUAUUAAGAAUUGUUUAUAAAUUUGAAGUAAAUUCUUUAAAAAAAAGUACUUUUGAUACAUUUAUUUAAAAUAUCCAUUCUACAUUAUAGUCAUUGAAUGUUUAAUGUCAUUGAAUGCCAUUCUAGUUUAAUUACAUAUUGACUAGCAAUAAACGAAAACAUACUGUUGAUUAUUUCUUUAAUGUUUCUAAACGAAUAAAAAAAUUCAACAUUUUAUUAAAUUACACAUAUGUGUUACAAGUUCUUUUGAUUUUUAAUCAUGAGCUAUCAUAUAUGGACAAUUAGCUCAUUUUGUUCGUUUUUCUGCAGAAAUAAGGCAGAUGCAGCCCUAACAUUAUUUUUUAUGAGAAUAUGAUGAAGAACAAUUCUUUUAAUACCAUAUCAGGACAUUUUUUUUUUUUUUUCAGUUCAACAAAACUUAGUUUGUCAAAAAACUAAUCUUAUUAAUUUUAAAUAGGUUAUGUUAAUUUGCAGCUUUGUUAUCAAAAUUUAAAUGUUACGUGUAAUGUAAAUAGCAUGUAAGGACAACUUUUCUUAUGCAAAUGAAUGUGUUUUAACAGUUGUGCUCUGUUGUCUUUAUAAAUAAUUAUAUUUAUAGAAAAAGUAAAUAUUAUCAUUAUUAUAUAUUUUAUAUAACUAUUGAGAAGUCUAUAAAUAGAAGCUAAGAGAAAUGUCUUAGCACAGUUGCCAAUUGCUGCUGUGCUGGAAAUUUAGAGAUUCUUAUUACAGUAGCAUUUGCAUUGGAUACUCAAAUUCUACAGUUGCAGGUUUCUCAUCCCUUUACUCAUGUAUUAAAAAAAAAAAAAAAAAAGGAGGUAUAUUGUAGGAAUUCACUUGAUCUGAAAUCAUAAACUAUGCCUUGUACAUAAAAUGAAUUUUAAAAUUUAUGAAUGUGUAUUUGUAUCUAUAGAUGAAAUUAUAUAUAUAUAUUAUGUAUAUAAUUGUGUUCAUAAUAAAAUAACGUACAAAAAUAAA